CUGGACCCUGGCCCCGCGGAGAAGAAUCGCUGUACGAGGAUUAACGCUGGGCAUUAAAACUCACAUUGAGCCUUGUGAUUUCCCCCCCCAUCCUGUCCCUGUAUCCCGUUCUCUCUGAGCCUGUCACACUGGGUUCCAUCGUCUGCUAACAUGAACAUGAACAUGAACAUCUCUGGGAUCCAUCAUGGGACGCUGAGGAUGCACGGUGGAUUCAUUUUCAAACAGUGGAAAAAGAGGUUCCUGCUGCUCACAGCUGAGGGCAGCCUUCUUGUUUGCCAUGAUGUGUCGUCUCCUCCCGACCAGCUUGUGAUGUUGCAGAGCAGCUGUGAGGCGAUUGUGGAAGGAAAGGAGAUCCUGGAUCUGCCCAAAUUACCAUCGAGUGGAUGCAGGGAUUGCUGCUUUGCUCUGAUCCUCCCCCAGAACAAGUACCUGCUGCUGCUGGCUGAAACACCUGCAGACUGCAGUCAAUGGGUGAAUGUGCUGAAAAAAGUGAAAAUGAGUCUUUCAUCAUCUCUCAGUCCCUGUAAGAGACAUCAGGUUCCAGCGCGCAUUUCUCUGCAAGACCUGGUGCCUGAGCAGAUCCUGGACAAAGACCAACCGUCUCCACCUGUUAGUGACAGGAGGUCCCCCUCCCCAGGGCCCAUGACCCGUCCGUCCCCGAGGGAGAAAGGCCGUAAUUCUCCCCGUACAAAGUAUGACAAAGGAAGUCCACAUUCCGUGAGAUGCCUGCGUCACGGCACCAUCAGUAACACCGAGGCAGUGAAAGCGGUUUAUCUGCUGAUGGGAGGGGCUGCUGCUUCUUCUGCUAUGGGUUACCUAGGGGCAUGCUCCCCCUCUAAUCUGGAAGCCAAAGCUCCUGACCUGCCAGUCAACGCAGAUUUCUCUGGCUGUGGACCAGCAGGGACGUACCACUCCGGCAGCCCCGCACUCGACUCCCCUCACUAUAACAGCUUUGACUUUGAAGUGGCAAACUCUGACUUUGAUGCUUUUGAUUGUGGUGGGUUUACGUUCUAAGGGUGUGCUGCUUCUAGGCUAUGGAUAUGAACGGUUAGAAUGAUGGUGACAGAGACAUAGGUUAUAUUGCAGCAUGACCUCUUGGAUUGAGGGAUUCAUAAUAGCAGUUUCAAAUUCAUGAUGCUCAUCUCCUUUUAAGGUGCGUCAAGGAAGCUAUUGACAAGCUGGUGUUACCUGCCGUCUUGAAACAUGUAGCAGUUAGGCGGAGUAAUAUUAUCUUUCAUGUGCAGUUGUGUCUGUGUCCUACGGUCCACUGUAACUCCAAUAUUACUUAUUUUGCUAUGUUGUUGUCUCCACUGCCUUCUGAGGGAACUAAUUAGCUGCUAAAUACUGCCUUUGUGCAGGUUGGUGCAGAGCAGGAAAUGUACUGGAAACAGUUGCCCACGUCAGCUGAAAACCCAAUGAGCACGGCAUGUGUACACAAACUUCAAAGUGAUGAGCCAAACAGCUAAAACGUGUCUCUCUCCUCAACCCAGUGAUACAGAGUGGAUCUGCAUAUUCAAGUGGGUUCUUCACUAGGCAUCAACCCUAUUACAUUUUCAUUGUCAAAUAGUUUAAUUUGUAUUUCUUUCAUUUUGAAUGGACUUGAAGUUCAAAUCAGUUUGUGUUGGACGAUCAGACGCAUGCAUGCACACAUUUUUGGAAUAUCGCUCUGACGUGUUUUGAAACAUAUGAUUCAUUUCUGUCGUGUUGUCGUUCCAGAAAAUCCUGCCCAGUGAGUGUUACACACCAUGGCAGGUUUCCUCAUAAGCCUUCAAACACGUGACUCUGCUCCUCCAACCAGACCUCGUGGUGUUGUUUUACAUCGGUACCUAACACACCCCCCAUGUUUUAACUGAAGGUUUCAAUAGUUCACAUAUUUAGAUUUUACUUGAACUUGUGAUUAAAUUGGACAUUCAGUGUGUCCAUGAGUUGGUUUAUGUGUUCACUUAAACUCUGCGUUAUUAACAGCGACACCUUAACUGUUCUAUGGACACUGUGAUCAUUAUUGCAAAGGUAAUGUCGUGAAUAAUCCUCUCACCACAUGUAGUACACUAUCAACACUAACAGUGAUUGUGAAUGUGAUUAGAAUUUGUUAGAAUUCAUGAUAUAGUGUGUAUGUGUCUCAAAUGGAUAAAAACAAUAAAUGAAACUAAUAAGCAGCAUGAUACACUCAUAAUGUCUUAGUCCACAGCCUUGAGUAGAUUAGAACAGAUCUGCACCUGAUAUCUCAUUUAGCCUCUGACUGGAUUAACCGGCUCUUCAGCAUCAUCUACUCGUGUGCAUGUACAGUGUUUCUUUCAACUAUCCAGCUGUGCUUAUGUCAUAUGUUCUGUUCAAAGCAGAUGGAUGUAUUGAUGUCUACUUUCACUUAUUUGAAUAAAGCCAACAUGUGGAAAUGUCUUUCACUUUAGAUUAGAUUAGAUUCAACUUUAUUGUCAUUGCACAGUACAAGUACUUAUACAACGAAAUGCAGUUUAGCGUCUAACCAGAAGUGCAAAAAAAGGAGUUAAAGUGCAGAGUAUUGUGCGUAUUUGAAAUGUAAAUAAAUAAGAUAUGUACAGUAGCAAAUAUAU